UGAUGUGGGGAGCCAGGUUGAUCCUCUACCGAGAGUGUUUGGUGGGCCAGAAAAUAUCAGCAUCGUGCGCCUUUUGGGUGGUUUCAUUGGUCUAUAUGUAAGAUCAAGUCAAUGUCCUCUUCUCCGGAGGAAAUACGAUUUGGGAGAGGCAAGGAAGAGGGAAGACAGUAGUUCUUGUUGAGAGAGAGAUGGGGGUGUGUUAUGGUACUCCUGACUUCCCUACUCCUAGCAAUACUGGUUCUCUCAAAUCAGGAAUGAAGUUGACAAUCAGUACUUCAUCAUCUCCUGCAGCCAGCAAUAGCCAUGACUCGCCGGCUGCCCGCGACAGAAAGGGCUUCGGAGAUGGAAAGAUUGUGGCAGACCCCAGCUUGACCGUCUUCAGUUUCGCAGAGUUGAAAAAGGCAACCGAAAAUUUUCAUCGCAAUGCACUGAUUGGAGAGGGAGGAUUUGGUUGUGUCUUUAAAGGGAUGCUUCAUGGGAAGCAACAGUCUGGAAGGACGGAGACUAUAAUAGCUGUGAAAAUGUUAAACCAGUCUGGUAAUCAAGGGUCCACAGAGUGGCGGAGGAAGAUAGAUUUUCUCGGAAGGCUUUCUCACCCUAACCUUGCCAAGCUCCUGGGAUUUUGUCAAGAGGAUACAACUUUAGCUCUUGUUUAUGAGUUCAUGCCAAUGGGCAGUUUGGGAAACCAGCUAUUCCGAAAGGGCUCCCCUGCUCAUCUUCCAUGGAAUAUACGCCUCAAGAUUGCGGUUGGGGCUGCCAGAGGCCUGGCUUUCUUGCACUGUCCUGAGAGGAAACUCAUAUUCAGGGAUUUCAAAACUUCAAAUAUUUUGCUAGAUGCGUCCUACACGGCCAAACUCUCGGACUUUGGAUUGGUGAGGUCUGGUCCUCCGGGGGAAACGUCACAUAUUUCAACACAGUUUGUGGGUACCUCCGGCUAUGCUGCCCCUGAAUACCUAGAAACUGGGCGUCUCACUGUAAAGAGUGAUGUUUACGGUUUCGGCAUCGUGUUGCUUGAGAUACUAACAGGCUUGAGGGCAGUGGAUAAGAGCCGUCCAGUAGGCAAACAUCUUUUAGUGGAGUGGGCCACAUCACGCUUAUCCAGGAAAAAACAGCUGAGGACUAUAAUGGACUCCAGAUUGGAGGGCAAAUAUUAUAUACAUUCUGCAUUCCAAAUAGCUCAGCUUGCCUUAAAAUGCCUCCAAACAGAUCCUAAGUUUCGGCCUUACAUGACUAAAGUCGUGGAAGAACUGGAAUCGAUAGAAGCUGCCAGUGCUAAGAGAAUACGACGCAAAUCUUGAAUUUAUUUAUUAUGUAGUUCGUACUUCAUGUGAUGUGAUCAAAGUCUAUCACUUCCCAGGAUUAAUCUCGGGCUUUGAAUGUUCUUUUCCAUUGUACCCAGUAGUUACUUGGUGUUGUGUUUUCUUGUAAGUUCUUUGGAAUUACUCAUACGUGUCAAUCAUUAUGUGCAUGGACUUGUAAAUUGA